CAGGCCCGUGAACCGAAAAAUCCCAAGUCCGAGCGUGAAGUCGCAAAAUCUCUCUCCACCUCCGCCCGCGCCGCACAUCUCCUCCAUCUCGUCGUCUCCCCUGGUGGGAUGCUCCGCGCCCGCUAGAUCCGAUCUAUGGAUCCCCGCCUUCCCCUCCUCCUCCUCCUCGCUGCCUUCUUCUUCGCCGCCGCCGCCUCCGACGAGAUCCACGGAUGUGGAGGCUUCGUCGAGGCGAGCUCCGGCUUGGCCAAGUCGAGGAAGGCGUCGGACUCCAAGCUCGACUACUCCGGCAUCACGGUUGAGCUGUGCACUGUUGAUGGUUUGGUUAAGGAAAGCUCACAGUGUGCUCCUAAUGGCUACUAUUUUAUCCCAGUCUAUGACAAGGGUUCGUUCAUGGUCAGAGUUAAGGGGCCCAAGGGAUGGUCAUGGAAGCCUGAAAAUGUUCCUGUCGUCAUCGAUCAAAAUGGAUGUAAUGGAAAUGCAGAUAUAAAUUUCCACUCCACUGGGUUUAUGAUAUCGGGUAAAGUAGUGGGAGCUGUUGGUGGUAAGAGCUGCCGAAAAGAUGGAGGACCUUCUGGUGUGAAAGUUGAGCUAACAUCAGACUCUGAUGAGUUGGUUGCAUCUGCUUUAACAUCAUCAACAGGAGAAUAUUUGUUUACAAACAUAAUUCCAGGGCAUUACAAAUUACAUGCUUCUCAUCCUAAUUAUGAUAUCGAGAUGAAAGGCUCACCAGAGGUUGACUUGCGAAUUGGAAAUGCUGUAGCAGAUGAUAUCUUCUUUGUAUCUGGAUACAAUAUUCAUGGCUCUGUCGUUGCACAGGGAAAUCCAAUCUUGGGAGUCCACCUGUAUUUAUAUUCGAAUGAUGUAACAGAGGUACCUUGCCCACAAGGUUCCAGUGAUGCACCCAGGGAAGGUGCUCUUUGUCAUGCAAUAUCUGGUGCUGACGGGAAGUUCACAUUUAGAUCACUACCUUGUGGUAGCUAUGAGCUGUUGCCGUACUACAAAGGGGAUAAUAGUGUUUUUGAUGUCUCACCCCCUUCACUGCCUGUUUCUGUUGAGCAUAGUCAUAUGACAAUUCCCCAAAAGUUCCAGGUUACUGGAUUUUCUGUUGGAGGGCAUGUUGUUGAUGGUUAUGGUGCUGGUGUGGAAGGUGCCAAUGUUAAAAUUGAUGGCCAGUUGAGAGCAGUAACAGACAGUCUUGGCUAUUACAGACUUGAUCAGGUUAUGUCCAAGAAGUAUACUAUAACUGCCGAGAAGGAUCACUAUAAGUUCAAUCGUUUGGAGAAUUUCACGAUUUUACCAAACAUGGCCAGCAUUGAUGAUAUCAAAUCAGUUAGGUAUGAUGUAUGUGGUAUUAUUCGAACAGUAACUCCGAAUUCAAAAGCAAUGGUGACUUUAACACAUGGACCUGAAAACGUAAAGCCGCAGCGGAAAUUGGUUAGCGGAAAUGGAAGAUUUUGUUUUGAGGUUCCUGCUGGUGAAUACCAGUUAUCUGCAUUACCUGUAGAUUCUGAACGUUCUUCUAGUCUUAUGUUUUCACCAGGAUCUAUUGGUGUUAAUGUCAACAGCCCAUUACUUGAUCUGGAGUUCUCUCAGUCACAAGUCAAUGUUCAUGGUAAAGUAUUGUGCAAAGAGCAAUGCAACCAAAAUAUUCUGCUCUCGCUUGUUAGAUUAGCUGGGGGUAUCGAGCAGGAAAAGAGGACAACUACUUUGGAGCAAGAUAAUGUCAAUUUUGUGUUCACAAAAGUAUUUCCUGGAAAAUAUCGUAUGGAGGUGAAGCAUUCUUCAUCCGAGGGCUCAGCAAAGGAUGAUUGGUGCUGGGAUCAAAAUACCUUGGAUAUAAAUGUUGGCACUGAUGAUGUGAGAGACAUUGUGUUUGUACAAAAGGGCUACUGGAUUGAGCUUGUUUCAACUCAUGAAACUGAAGCAUACAUUCAUCAACCAGAUUCUUCUAAACUUGACUUGUUGAUAAAGAAAGGAUCUCAAAGGAUUUGUGUAGAAACUUCAGGGCAACAUGAAAUUCAUUUAAUUAAUUCUUGCAUUUCCUUUGGGAGCAUGUCUGUUUUGUUUGAUACAGCGAAUCCAAUGCCGGUUCACAUCAGCGCAAAGAAGUAUCUUGUAAAAGGUGAGAUCCAUGUGGACAUGGGAUCCCUUCAGGAAGAAAUUGAUUCCAAAGAUAUUAUCGUUGAUGCCUUUAAGAGCGAUGGCAGUUUCAUAGAAAAGAUCACCACACCUGUUCUUGGAAAGAUCAAUCAAAAUGGCUUUACUGCCUUUGAGUACUCUAUUUGGGCUGACCUUGGGGAGGACUUCAUCUUUGCCCCUCGUGAUUCUAGCACAAGAAGGAAAAAGAUCCUAUUUUAUCCAGCAAGACAGCAGUAUUCAGUGUCUGUGAAUGGAUGCCAAGACAUUGUUCCUUCAAUCACUGCGAAAACUGGUCUAUACCUUGAAGGAUCAGUGUCACCUGCAACUUCCGAUGUUGACAUCAAGAUCCUAGCAGCUGGGGAGAGCAACUAUGCCCAUCUGAAGAAAGGGGAUGUAGCAACAGAGACAAAGACAAAUUCUGAGGGAUCAUUCUUUGCAGGUCCCUUGUAUGAUGAUAUAGAAUAUAAAGUUGAAGCUUCAAAGGAUGGUUAUCAUCUCAAGCAAACUAGCCAGUACACCUUUGCUUGCCAGAAGCUUGGUCAGAUAUUAGUGCGGAUUUAUGGUGAAAAGGGAUCAGAGCUGUUACCGUCAGUAUUAUUAUCUUUGAGUGGCGAAGAAGGGUACAGAAAUAACUCAAUUAGUAGUUCUGGUGGAACUUUCAGCUUUGACAACUUAUUUCCUGGAAGUUUCUAUCUUCGACCUCUUCUUAAGGAAUAUAAAUUUACUCCAUCAGUAAUUGCUAUUGAUCUUAGUUCUGGAGAAUCUAGGGAUGUGGAAUUCCGUGCAACCAGAGUGGCUUACAGUGCCUUGGGUUCUGUAACACUGCUAACUGGCCAAUCAAAGGAGGGUGUUUUUGUUGAAGCGAGAUCUGAAUCCACAGGUUAUUAUGAAGAGGCUACUACUGAUAAUUUUGGUAGGUUUCGUCUUAGAGGACUUUUGCCUGGCUCAACUUACUCUAUAAGAGUGGCUGCAAAAGAUAAUCUCAGAUGUGCAGCAGUUGAGCGUGCUUCACCUGAAUAUGUGUCGGUUGAUGUUGGUCAUGAAGACAUCAUUGAUAUUGAUUUUGUGGUUUUUGAACGGCCGGAGGUAACAAUUUUGAGUGGGCACGUGGAAGGUGAUGGCGUUGAUACGUUGCAGCCGCAUCUCUCUGUUGAAAUCAGAUCAGCAGUGGACCCUUCUAGAGUAGAAUCUGUACUUCCUGUUCCUCUUUCCUACUACUUCGAAGUGCGAGAUUUGCCCAAAGGCAAGCAUCUUGUUCAGCUUCGAUGUGGUCUUCCAUCACAUACCCAUAGAUUUGAGUCAGAGGUUGUUGAAGUAGAUCUGGAAAAGCAACCCCAAGUUCAUGUUGGUCCCCUUAAAUAUAAAACUGAAGAGCACCAUCACAAUCAGGAGCUGACCCCAGCACCAGUUUUCCCGCUUAUAGUUGGAGUUUCUGUGAUUGCACUGGUGAUCAGCAUUCCAAGGUUAAAGGAUCUGUACCAGAGCACUGUAGGAAUGACUUCGCUAGGUUCAGGGGUCGCGCUGAGCAAAAAGGAGCCACGGAAGAAUAUAAUUAGAAAGAGAGUGUGAAACACAAACUUAGCUUAAGGUUAGGGGUUGGGAAUGAGCACACUGACAGAUUGAGCACGGCAAGCGUAACUGAUAGCUGUUAUUGCAGCUAAAUUUGGCAGAUGAAAAGAAACCAGAGGUUAUUUGCCUAUUUGGAUUCCUGGGAAACCCCCACCUACAUCACCAUUCAGUACGACGGUUGAUAUUUUUUUGUAACAUUACUGGCUACCGCAAGUUUUGAUGCCGAAGCUGGGCACGUAGUCAUUUGAAAUGCUGUAUGAUAGUGCAAUGUACAGUGUUUCAGGCUCCAGAUAAAGUUUUGAGACUCGUUUAGUCGUUUAUAUCCCUUGCCCAAAAGAGAGGCAGAUCUAGAAAACAACUGUUUUUUGGACGCUUUA